AUGGAUCAGAAAAUCGAGCCAUGCUACACUUGUCGCAAUCGUCGCAUUCAAUGCGACCAGUCGGGUAUGCCUUGUGCAAAAUGCCAAAAAUCUGGCUUGGAGUGUAAUGAGAAAAGACCCGUCCGGUGGGUACAGGGCGUCGCAAUUCGCGGGAAAAUGAUGGGCCGGACAUUUUCGAGCAAUGCAGAUAACGUUAAUAAGAAAUCCGCUUUGAUAAAAUCAAGGCGCUCAGUGGUCAAUCCUGUUCGUCCGGGGAGUUUGAAUUUCAAUAAUUUCACCCUCGAUUCCUUACCAAAUCUAUCAUUUACUCUCCAAGAUCCAUCAGUUCUGCAUCUAGACAGAAUAUCCCGGUAUUAUGUUGACUAUUAUAACGAGCGCAUCUGCAAGCUCUUCAUCGUAUAUGACAGCGACAAGAACCCCUUCAGAAGCCUCAUUUCUCUUGGUCUGAAAGAUCCGGCCCUUCUCAAGGCCCUUCUAGCACUUGCAGCUCGGCAUCAUGUCAACGCAGGUCAGUGUUUUGACCAAGCUGAAACACCAACAGAGCCGAGACUCGUCAACGCGCAUCGGGAUGCACUUUCUUUUAAGCAUCAAGCUAUAGAGGCACUAUCACUUUCCUUGCGGGAUAACAAAGAUCUCAAACAAGAUACAACAGUGGCCAGCAUUUUUCUCUUAAUAUUCCUGGACUUGAUCGAGUCUGGUAGCGAUGGCUGGAAUUUUCACCUCGAGGGUGCUAAAAAACUGAUUGCUUCGACAUAUCUAACUCCCGAAAGCCAUGCUGGAGUUAAUCAAGGACCAGGGGAGACUGUGCAAGAGAUCCGGGAAUUUAUCACCAAACAGAUUCAUCUAAUUGAAACACUCGGAUCCGCCUUCACACGUCCGAGGUUGCUGUCACAGUCUAGCUCAUUAGGUCUGCCCGAGCUCCAACAUCAGGAAAUCAUUGAAAAGUCUUUCCUCGGGUGUCCGGAAUCCCUACUAACGGCCAUCCGAUGCCUUUCUGUGCAGCGUGAUAGCAUAUCAGCAUCCACACCACUUGAUUCUGCCGCAGUGGGCUUGGACCAGAGUGAUACAACGUCGUUACUGAAGCUCAUCCAGAACUUCAAUUGUUACGCUUGGGCCUCGGGUCUACAACGAUCUCGGGGUUCAUCGCCCCAGGAUAUAGCAAACCUCUGCAGAUUAUCACAGGCAUAUAAAAUUGGCUGUCUUAUAUAUGGCGGAAGGAUUCUCGAUGCCCUUACUGGAGCUGAGUCUUUGCAAGAUGACCAGGUCUUGGAAUUAUUAGGUGUGGUUGAUUCUUUGAAGGAUGACCCGGCCUUGUUUAAAUGCAUUUUAUGGCCGAUCUUUGUGGCGGGGUUGGAAUGCCAGCUCCAAAAUCAAAGGGAUUUCCUCAUGAAUUGUCUAGAGAGAUUCUGGACUCUAACCAGCUGUUUGAACGCUGUCAACGCAGCCAAGACCCUGCAAGAUCAUUGGCGACAAAGCUCGCCAACAGCUCGGUCACAGUGGAUCUUCAACAUCGGUAACCUGGGUCGAGACUGGCUUUGGAUUUAA